AUGGCCGGCCGCUUCCGCACACGAUUGGGGGACGACCUGGAGAGGCUGAUCCGCGCCAUCGGGGAUUGCAAGUCGAAGUCGGAGGAGGACAGGAUUAUGGGUCGCAGCAUCGACCAGACGAAGGCCAUUCUGAAGGAUGGCAAGAUGGACAAGGCCAGCGUGAAGGAUCUGUUGAUAAAGCUGAUCUACUUCGAGAUGCUGGGGCAUGACGCCAGUUUCGGGCAUUUUCUCGCCGUUCAGGGAUGCGGCAGCAACUCUCUGGUGACGAAGAUGGUGUCCUAUCUGGCUGUGACUCAGUUCCUUGACAGCAGCAACACUCUCAUCCUCUUGCUGGUGAACACUUGGAGAACAGAUCUGCAGAGCGACAACCAUCUAAUUGUGUGUGCUGCCCUGACGACCAUCUGCAAGCUUGUGAACACCGAUGCCAUUGGACCAAUCGUUCCCCAGGUGGUGAAGCUCAUUUCGCACCCAAAGGAAGUGGUCCGCAAAAAGGCAGUUAUGGCCCUGCACAGGUUCUUCCAGUUGGACCCUAAGAGUGAAGGCCCACUGGCAGGUGUGGAUCUGGAUAGGCAAUUCAGGCAGGCGCUCUGUGACAAGGACCCCUCUGUGAUGGCAGCCUGCCUAUGUGCCCUGCACGACAUGAUCAAAAUGAAUACGCCUGCUUUCAGGAAUCUGAUCCCAAGUCUUAUAUCCAUUCUCAAGCAGGUGUUUGAGCACCGGCUGAGCAAGGGAUAUGAGUACCACCAUGUGCCAGCGCCAUUCAUCCAGAUCAAACUCCUGAAGAUUUUGGCAGAUCUUGGUGCUGGUGAUCGGCCAUCGACAGAAAACAUGCGCUCAGUGUUGUUGUCAGUCCUGAAGCAGGGCAGUAUGAAGAACACAAUUGGGCAUGCCGUGCUGUAUGAGUGUGUUCGCACAAUAACCACCAUCAGCCCCGACCCACAGCUGCUUGAGGCAGCUGCCAGGACAAUAGCUGGGUUCCUGAAGUCCGAAAGCAGCCACAAUUUGAAGUACAUGGGCAUGGCUGCGCUGGGUGGGAUCGUCCGCAUAAAUCCCCGUCAGGCACAGGAGCAUCAAGCUGCUGUCAUGGAGUGUCUAGAGGACUUUGAUGACACAUUGAAGCUAAAGACACUGGAGCUCCUGUACAAGAUGACAAAGCCCAAUAAUGUUGAGGUUGUGGUGGAUAAGCUGAUAAGCUAUUUGGAGACCUGUGCAGACCAGCACAUCAAACAGGACAUUUGUCGUCGAGUAAGCGAGCUGGCAGAGAGGUAUGCUCCUGACAACCAAUGGUACAUUGAGACAAUGACACUGAUGUUUGGUGUUGCGGGGGAUGCUGUUGAGCCAAAGCUGGCACACAACCUCAUGAGGCUCAUUGCAGAGCAGGAGACUGAUGUGCACCAAAGUGCAGUGGCGAUUUGCACAAAGGCCUUGGAGAAUCCAAAAGCACCAGAGAUCUUGCUCCAGGUCGUGUGCUGGGUGUUGGGAGAAUAUGGUGCCCUCGGAAAGCAUCUUCCAGAAGGCGGCCUCAGCCCAGAUGACAUCAUGGACAGGCUUGCCAGUCUGAUGCACUCCCAAGACUGCACAGAGAUGCUGCAAGGAUACAUUCUUUCAGCUUUCCUGAAGCUUGGUGCCCAGACCGGCGUCGCCUUGACACCCGAUGCUGAGGAAUUGGUAAGAAAGGCCGCGUCUUCAAAGAGCACUGAGCUGCAACAGAGGGCCCUCGAGCUGCAGUCGUUGCAGAGCAUGCCACAGGUCAAGUCAGCUGUGCUUCCAGCCGAUGCAUCUUGUGAGGACUUUGAAGACGAGAUGCCAACAUUGCGUUCCCUUUCUUUUCUGAAUGCCUACGUGCAGGAUGCCUUACAGGCUGGUGCUGCACCGUAUAUAUCUCCAGAACAGCAGCUGGAGAUGGGCGUGAUCAGGCCCACCUCAUCAACUGAUGCACUCGAUGCUGUGACGCUGAGAUACGAGGCCUACCAGACAGCGAAAGCUCCAACACCAACGCCAAGUGCCUCUGCAAACACAUGGGGACAAGACGCUGGUGCAGAUUUGACUGGGACUGCCCCUACCCUUUUGGCGGGGACUUCUGCUGCCAGUGCAGGGGAUUAUGAACCUGCAUUGAAUGUGAAAUCGAGAGGCACCCGAAGGUGGGGUCCAGCUGAAUAUGCAACACCUUCUUCCACCCCAGAGGUGGAGGCGACGCCGCCAGCAUACCAGCCAGUGGAGGUACAGGGCCUGGUCACGGACAUAGACGAUUUUCAGUUGGGCGAGGCACCGCUGCACGAGCCCGACACGUACAAGAACGAAAGGGACAAGUUUCAGGCCACCCUGUUUGGGGACCCACAGCAGUCGAGCCGACCAACGAGGUCCCGGGCCCAGGCUGGUCUCCAGCCAAAGACGACCCAAAGGCCUCGACCACAGGCAAAACCGGCCAUGGCAGCGCCCGAUGUCAUGGGAGACCUUCUGGAUCUGGAUGUAGGGGCACCACAGCCCGCGCCUGCCGCAGCCGCCCAGAAUUCAGAUCCUUUCGCUGCCUUGGAUGGAAUGGAUCUUUUGGGGGGGUCGGCCACAGCGACGCCUCCUUCCACAGCAUCAGCAGGCACAACUCAACUCCCAAUCGACUUGAACGCCCUUUAUGGUGCACAGCCCAGCAGUGCCUCAAUGUUCGACUCGAGCGUUGGCGUUGGGCCCCAAGGUGGCAUGCCUAUGGGGAUGCCCAUGCCGGUGGUCAUGCCGAUGGCCCAGCCGCAGCCAGCUGGGGCCAGUACUGGGGGGUUGCAGGGCUUGGGGUUAGCGAUGCCUGGUGGGCUGGGUGGGGUACCGAUGGCCAGUGGACCGGCUGCAGGUGCCUCAAAAGUAGGCAUCCAAAAGAAGGAAGACCCGUUCAAGGACCUGUUGGGUUAA